AUGGCACCCGCCACCGCAACCUCGACCGCCAACGGUCAUGUCAGCUCCAAGGCUGCUAAGCACAAUCUUCCUUCACAUUUUAUCGGUGGCAACAACCUCGAUGCCGCGCCGCCGAGUAGUGUAAAGGACUUUGUCGCCAAACACGAUGGUCACUCCGUCAUCAGUUCAGUUCUCAUUGCCAAUAACGGUAUUGCCGCCGUAAAAGAAAUCCGAUCCGUGCGAAAAUGGGCCUACGAGACGUUUGGAAACGAGCGAGCUAUCCAGUUCACGGUCAUGGCAACCCCGGAAGAUCUGCAGGCAAAUGCGGAUUACAUUCGAAUGGCAGAUCAAUAUGUCGAGGUCCCCGGCGGUACGAAUAACAACAAUUACGCCAACGUGGAGUUGAUCGUGGAUGUUGCCGAGCGAAUGGACGUCCACGCCGUGUGGGCUGGAUGGGGUCACGCUUCUGAAAACCCUCGACUUCCGGAGUCCUUAGCUGCUUCGCCGAAGAAGAUCAUCUUCAUUGGUCCUCCUGCCUCGGCUAUGCGCUCACUGGGUGACAAGAUUUCAUCGACAAUUGUUGCUCAGCAUGCCGGCGUUCCUUGCAUUCCGUGGUCUGGAACUGGGGUUGAGGAGGUAAAGAUUGACGACAAAGGCAUCGUUACCGUGGAGGAUGAUACCUACAACAAGGGGUGCACCUUCUCUCCUGAAGAAGGUCUUCGGAAAGCCAAGGAAAUUGGUUUCCCGGUGAUGGUCAAGGCGUCUGAAGGUGGUGGAGGCAAAGGUAUUCGUAAGGUCGACAAAGAAGAGGAAUUCAUCAGCCUCUACAAUGCCGCUGCCAAUGAAAUCCCCGGAUCGCCGAUAUUCAUCAUGAAGCUCGCGGGUAACGCUCGGCACUUGGAAGUUCAGCUGCUGGCCGAUCAAUACGGGAACAACAUUUCUCUGUUUGGCAGAGAUUGUUCCGUUCAACGAAGGCACCAAAAGAUCAUCGAGGAAGCCCCUGUGACGAUCGCGAAGCCGACGACUUUCCAAGCGAUGGAGAAGGCCGCCGUUAGCCUGGGCAAGCUGGUCGGUUAUGUGUCAGCUGGUACCGUCGAAUACCUGUACUCGCAUGCGGAUGACAAAUUCUACUUCUUGGAACUGAACCCCCGUCUCCAGGUCGAGCACCCUACGACCGAGAUGGUCUCUGGUGUCAACCUGCCCGCAGCUCAGCUCCAGAUCGCCAUGGGUAUUCCCCUGCAUCGCAUUCGCGACAUUCGUCUCCUCUACGGCGUUGACCCCAACACCUUCUCCGAGAUCGACUUCGACUUUUCCAAUGAAGACAGCUUCAAGACUCAGCGCCGUCCGCAGCCCAAGGGUCAUACGACCGCUUGUCGUAUCACAUCGGAGGAUCCUGGCGAGGGAUUCAAGCCCUCCAGCGGUACCAUGCACGAACUGAAUUUCCGUAGUUCCUCCAACGUUUGGGGUUACUUCUCUGUCGGUACGUCCGGAGGUAUCCACAGUUUCUCAGACAGCCAAUUUGGUCAUAUCUUCGCCUACGGCGAGAAUCGAUCCGCGUCACGGAAACACAUGGUGGUUGCACUGAAGGAAUUGAGCAUUCGUGGCGAUUUCCGGACCACUAUUGAAUACCUGAUCAAACUGCUGGAGACCCCCGCUUUUGAAGACAACACAAUCACGACCGGGUGGCUGGAUCAACUCAUUUCCAACAAGCUGACUGCCGAGCGCCCCAACACCAUUGUGGCUGUCCUGUGUGGCGCUGUCACGAAGGCUCAUCAAGCCAGUGAGGCAGGGAUGGAAGAAUAUCGCAAGGGGCUUGAGAAGGGACAGGUUCCCUCGAAAGAUGUCCUGAAGACGGUUUUCCCCGUGGAUUUCAUCUACGAAGGCCAACGGUAUAAGUUCACCGCCACUCGCGCCUCUCUGGACAGCUAUCACGUAUUCAUCAACGGUUCCAAAUGCUCUGUGGGUGUCCGCGCGCUGGCAGACGGUGGCCUCCUCGUCCUCUUGAACGGUCGCAGCCACAAUGUUUACUGGAAGGAGGAAGCGGCCGCCACCCGUAUCAGUGUGGAUGGAAAGACCUGUUUGUUGGAACAAGAGAAUGACCCUACCCAGCUCCGGUCGCCUUCUCCAGGCAAACUUGUCAAGUUCACGGUCGAGAAUGGUGAUCACGUUCGGGCCGGCCAGGCCUACGCUGAGGUGGAGGUGAUGAAGAUGUACAUGCCUUUGAUCGCGCAGGAGGAUGGCAUUGUUCAGUUGAUUAAGCAGCCUGGCGCCACUCUGGAGGCCGGUGAUAUUCUGGGCAUUCUCGCCUUGGAUGAUCCAUCUCGUGUCAAGCACGCUCAGCCCUUCACCGGACAGCUGCCCGACCUGGGCCCUCCUCAGGUCGUUGGCAACAAGCCUCCACAGAGGUUUGUCCUUCUGCACAGCAUUCUCGAGAACAUUUUGCGAGGCUUUGACAACCAGGUCAUCAUGGGCACCACCCUCAAGGAGCUCGUGGAGGUUCUCCGUGAUCCUGAGUUACCAUACGGUGAAUGGAACGCUCAGUCGUCGGCCUUGCAUUCCCGUAUGCCCCAGAGACUGGACACCCAGCUCCAAAAUGUCGUCGACCGCGCGCACGCACGGAAAGCAGAGUUCCCUGCCAAACAGCUACAGAAGACCCUCAUGCGGUUUAUUGAAGAGAAUGUCAACCCUGCAGAUGCAGAAAUCCUCAAGACCACUCUUCUCCCUCUGGUGCAGGUGAUGAACAAGUAUAUGGAUGGCCUGAAGACCCAUGAGUUCAACGUCUUCAUUGGACUUUUGGAACAGUACUACGAGGUGGAGAAACUGUUCUCUGGACGCAAUACUCGCGAUGAAGUUGCUAUUCUCAAGUUGCGAGAUGAGAACAAGGAUGAUAUCAUUAGCGUCGUCCAGAAAGUGCUUUCCCACAGCCGCAUUGGUGCGAAGAAUAACCUCAUUCUUGCCAUCUUGGCCAUGUACCGCCCAAAUCAGCCGGGAGUUGGCAACGUCGGCAAGCAUUUCAAGCCAGUGCUCAAGAAACUGACAGAACUCGAGUCGCGUGCGGCUGCUAAGGUUACUCUCAAGGCCCGCGAGGUUCUUAUCCAGUGCGCCCUUCCCUCGUUGGAGGAGCGCCUGUCGCAGAUGGAACUCAUCCUGCGUUCUUCGGUUGUUGAAUCCCAGUAUGGUGAGACUGGCUGGGAUCACCGGGAGCCCGAUCUAGCUGUUCUGAAGGAGGUGGUCGAUUCGAAGUAUACCGUGUUCGACGUGCUCCCGCGCUUCUUCGUGCAUCAGGACGCUUGGGUCACUCUGGCUGCCCUUGAGGUCUACGUGCGCCGCGCUUACCGCGCCUACACGCUGAAGAGCAUGCAGUACGAUGAUUCCGGGGAACAGCCCUUGCUCUCCUGGGAUUUCAGUCUGGACAAGCUCGGCCAGCCUGAGUUCGGUCCCGUCUCGUCGACGCACCCGUCUACUCCAAGCACACCCACGACAGAGAUUCAUAACCCCCUCCAGAGGAUCAACUCCAUCAGUGACAUGUCUUACUUGGUGGGCCGUGGCAGCGAUGAUAUCAGGAAGGGCGUUAUUUUGCCUGUCCAGUAUCUGGAGGAUGCCGAGGAAUUCCUCCCCAGGGCUAUCGAAGCUUUCCCACGAACUGGAAAAGCUAGGAAGCCCGGUGACAAUGGCCUCCUCGCCGACCUGGAGGGCAAGCGUCGACCCGUCGCCCCUCGGGUCGAAACUGACACCGAGCUGGCCGGUGUCCUCAACAUUGCCGUUCGCGAUGUCGAGGAUAUGGAUGAUAGUCAGAUCGUUGCCCAGAUCAACAAACUCCUCGCCGAUGUCAGGGAGGAAUUACUCGCUCGCCGUGUCCGCCGGGUAACCUUCAUUUGUGGCAAGAAUGGCUUCUAUCCAGGUUAUUUCACGUUUAGGGGACCGACCUACGAGGAGGAUGAGAGCAUUCGGCAUAGUGAACCUGCUUUGGCGUUCCAGCUGGAACUGGGCCGUCUGUGCAAAUUCAGAAUCAAACCAGUCUUCACGGAAAACAGGAACAUUCACGUGUAUGAAGCCAUUGGCAAGGGUCCCGAGAAUGACAAGGCUGUGGACAAACGGUACUUCGUUCGUGCGGUAGUGCGCCCGGGUCGCCUGCGUGACGAUAUCCCGACGGCGGAGUAUCUAAUUUCGGAGGCUGACCGACUGAUGAAUGAUAUCCUGGAUGCUCUGGAGAUCAUCGGCAACAACAACUCUGACCUGAACCAUAUCUUUAUCAACUUCUCCCCUGUAUUCAACCUACAACCAAACGAUGUUGAGGAGGCGCUGGCUGGCUUCUUGGAUCGCUUCGGCCGCCGUCUCUGGCGACUUCGUGUGACCGGUGCGGAGAUUCGUAUUCUGUGCACCGACCCAGCCACUGGAUUGCCCUACCCCUUGCGCGUAAUCAUCACGAACACCUACGGCUUCAUCAUUCAGGUGGAACUGUACAUCGAGAAGAAGUCCGAGAAGGGCGAGUUCAUCUUCCAGAGCAUCGGCGGAACGAAUAAGCUUGGUUCCAUGCACUUGCGUCCGGUUUCUACGCCAUAUCCCACCAAGGAAUGGCUCCAGCCUAAGCGAUACAAAGCUCAUCUCAUGGGUACCCAGUAUGUGUAUGAUUUCCCGGAGCUCUUCAGGCAAGCUGUCCAAAACAGCUGGGCCAGCGCUAUUGCUAAGGUCCCGUCGUUGGCGGACCGCCAGCCCCCUGUAGGCGAGUGCAUUGACUACACAGAGCUUGUGCUUGAUGAUACCGACAACCUCGUGGAGAUUUCGAGAGGCCCUGGUACGAACACUCACGGCAUGGUGAGUUGGCUCGUUACCGCUCGUACCCCGGAAUACCCCUGCGGCAGACGCUUCAUCAUCGUUGCCAAUGACAUCACAUUCCAGAUUGGAUCUUUCGGCCCUCUGGAAGACAAGUUCUUCAACAAAUGUACCGAACUGGCAAGGAAGCUCGGUAUCCCGCGCAUUUAUCUCUCUGCAAACUCAGGUGCCCGUAUCGGCAUGGCUGACGAACUCAUCCCCUACUUCUCGGUUGCCUGGAAUGAUCCCAACAAGCCUGAGGCGGGAUUUAAGUACCUGUACUUGACCCCUGAGGUUAAGAAGAAAUUCGACGCGGCCAGGAAGAAUGAGGUUAUCACCGAGCAAGUUUUCGAUGAGGGCGAAGAGCGGCACAAGAUCACCACAGUCAUCGGUGCUAAAGAUGGGUUAGGUGUCGAGUGCCUGAAGGGCUCUGGUCUUAUUGCCGGUGCCACCUCGAAAGCCUAUGACGAUAUCUUCACGAUCACCUUGGUCACUUGCCGUUCUGUCGGUAUUGGUGCCUACCUCGUCCGCCUGGGCCAGAGGGCCAUUCAAGUGGAAGGCCAGCCGAUUAUUCUGACCGGUGCACCGGCCAUCAACAAGCUGCUGGGUAGAGAGGUUUACACAUCGAACCUGCAACUUGGUGGAACCCAGAUCAUGUACAGGAACGGUGUCUCCCACAUGACUGCCAACGAUGACUUCGAAGGUGUUCAGAAGAUUGUUGAGUGGAUGUCCUUUGUCCCAGAAAGCAAAGGAGCACCGAACCCGGUGCGGCCCUGGUCCGAUAACUGGGAUCGAGACGUGGCAUACCAUCCCCCAAACAAGCAGGCAUAUGAUCCUCGCUGGCUCAUCGCCGGCAAGGACGAUGAGGAUGGCUUCCUCCCCGGAUUGUUUGAUACGGGCUCCUUCGAAGAAGCCCUGGGCGGAUGGGCCCGCACUGUUGUUGUUGGCCGUGCCAGGCUGGGCGGUAUCCCUAUGGGUGUUAUUGCUGUCGAGACUCGUUCCGUUGAGAAUGUCACUCCGGCUGAUCCGGCCAACCCAGACUCGAUGGAAGUGAUCAGCACCGAAGCAGGUGGAGUGUGGUACCCUAACUCCGCGUUCAAGACCGCUCAAGCCCUGCGCGACUUCAACAACGGUGAACAGCUUCCUGUGAUGAUCCUUGCCAAUUGGAGAGGUUUCUCGGGUGGACAGCGUGAUAUGUACAAUGAAGUUCUCAAGUAUGGAUCGUACAUUGUCGAUGCUCUUGUCAAGUAUGAGCAGCCCAUCUUCGUUUACAUUCCACCCUUCGGUGAGCUUCGUGGCGGUUCAUGGGUCGUCAUCGACCCCACCAUAAACCCUGACCAGAUGGAAAUGUACGCUGAUGAGGAGGCUCGUGGUGGUGUCCUGGAACCGGAGGGUAUUGUCAACAUCAAGUACCGCCGUGACAAACAGCUGGACACGAUGGCUCGCCUGGAUCCUACGUACGGCGAACUCCGUCGCUCUCUCGAGGACUCGUCCCUCAGCAAGGAGCAACUGUCCGAAAUCAAAUCCAAGAUGGCCGCCCGCGAGGAACAACUCCUGCCUGUGUAUAUGCAGAUUGCUUUGCAGUUCGCUGAUCUCCAUGAUCGCGCGGGUCGUAUGCAGGCUAAGAACACUAUCCGUCGCCCAUUGAUCUGGAAGAACGCUCGUCGGUUCUUCUACUGGCGUCUGCGUCGUCGCCUCAGUGAAGAGCUCAUUGUGAAGCGCAUGGUCGAGGCGGUGCCGACUCCUGCGGCUCAGGAUAACAAUGGUGCUUCUUCGGCCAACGCUCCUGGCCGACUACUGGCGUCGACGGAAUCGGUCCGCGCGUCGCAUCUCCGCACCUUGCGCUCCUGGACCGGAUUGCUUGAAGAUGAGUUAGAGAAUGAUGACCAGGGGGUGGCUAUGUGGUUUGAGGAGAACAAGAAAUUUAUUCAGACCAAGGUUGAGUCGCUGCACACCGAGCGCGUGGCUAGUGACGUUGCGCAGUUAUUGAUCAGCGACAAGGAGGGAGGGUUGAAGGGAGUCAAACAGGUUCUGAGCAUGCUCCCUGUCGAGGAAAAGGAGGCAGUUCUCAAAUUGCUGGGAUCACCAUGA